UGAGAGGACAGCACAGGACAGCACAUUCCUUUAGGGAUCUACCAGUCUUUUUACUUGUUUGCUUCUCUUAUCAUUUUUGCAGUGAACAGUGAAUUGAGGUUUAAGCAGGAUCUUGUCUAAGAGCUGAGAACCAUCCAUGCACAUGGAUGUUCUCCGUAGUUGUUUCGGAACCAUCUUUAUAAAUAUUUGCUAAUGGUUAAAAAUUAAACACAUAGCAGAAGUCUGAGACUGGGGAAAAGUUUUAGGGAAAGAAAAUAUUCUAAAUACGGACAGACACUCUUCACCAUGAAAUCAUUAUCAGCUCUCGUGUUUAUUUUGUGCUUACCACUUGGAAUUUUUCAACAAAAGGACAAUACAUAUCUGAUAGAAGAAUGUGUGAACAAUGGCUACACUCAGAAUUCUUGCGAGAAAGUGUUUUGCCAGCCAUGGCAGAGGUGUGUGGAUGGCUCCUGUUUCUGUAAGCUACCUUACCAAUGCCCAAGAAAUGGAACCUUGGUUUGUUCUACAGAGAAGAGGACUUUAAAUUACUGCCAGCUAAAGAGCUUGGAAUGUCAGCGUAAAAAGAGCAGAUUUAUGAACAGAGGAAGAUGCAGCUCUCAAGAGACUUUUCAAGUUUCGUUGAAGCCUGAAAAUGCAACAUCAACAGGAAUUAUCCAAGUGGAAGUGAAUCAAUCCCCAAAGACACCUGUGUGUGGAUUUAAUUGGGGUAUGAAUGAAGCUAAUGUGGCCUGCAGACAUCUUGGUUUUCCAGAAGGGGCUGAUCGUACAGACACUGUUGACCCAAAAGAAGACUCCGAUUCAUUGGAAUGCCUUAAGGCAAGAUGCAGAGGAAUAGAGACCAGCCUAGCAGAAUGUACUUUAACUAGAGUGAAUAAAACUAAGGAGAAAGUGGCAAAAGUGGUGUGCCAUACAACACAUAGAGAAUGUUCCCCAAGAGAAUUCCGUUGUGUCAAUAGAAAAUGCAUCCCUUCCGUUAAGACAUGCAAUGGCGUCAACGACUGUGGAGACUUAAGUGAUGAAGUAUGCUGCAAAGCAUGCAGGGGGAAAAACUUCCACUGUCAUUCAGAUGUGUGUAUUCCAAGAAGAUACGUCUGUGACAAUGAAGUGGACUGUUUAACAGGAGAAGAUGAGACUCGCCAAGAGUGUGAUAAAAAAAGAGCUGAAGGAAAUGAACAUUCGGGAAAUAGAAGAGCUGAACAAAAUGCAAGAGAAGGAACAGAAGAUGCUGAACAGUCUAUGGAUGAAGAAAGAAGAAAGAUCAAAACAUUGUUACCUCAAUUACAGUGCGGCAUUGCAAACCACACGGUUACUCGUCAGAAGCGAAUCGUAGGUGGAUUCACUGCAGGAAAGGAUGAAUUUCCCUGGCAAGUGGCCAUUAAAGAUGUAGGGACAAGAGUGAACUGCGGUGGCGUUUAUAUUGGGGGCUGCUGGGUUUUGACGGCUGCACACUGUGUUAGAGAGAGCCGUGCACAUACUUAUUUGGUAUGGACUGGAAUGCUGAACACAGUAAAACAGGAAGAUAUAAUAGAAGCAUUUCAAGUAGUUAAAGUAAUAGUUCACGAGAAGUACAACACCAAAACAUAUGAAAAUGACAUUGCUUUGCUGGAGAUGAAACCCAGGGACAAGAACCAAUCAACAUGUUACCCGCGUGACUCUGUGCCAGUCUGUGUCCCUUGGUCAAAAUACAUGUUCAAAGGUGGCCACCAGUGCAAAGUGUCCGGCUGGGGACUCAAUGAAGAAUUUUCAACGCAAUUUGGCCUUAAGUGGGGGUACAUUUCUCUAAUGGAAAACUGUUCUGAAAUCUACGGGAACCGGUACUUUGAAGGCAUGGAAUGCGCAGGUACGCAUGAUGGCUCUGUGGAUUCCUGUAAAGGUGACUCAGGAGGACCCUUAGUUUGUUUUGACUCUAAUAAUGUAGGGUAUGUUUGGGGUGUUGUGAGCUGGGGUGAAAAUUGUGGCGAAAAAGGACACCCUGGGGUUUAUACAAAAGUGGCACAUUAUUUCAGUUGGAUUGGCCGUCACACUGGACUGAAUCACAUUUCGCGAUAUAACUUGUGAUUUUGAAUGUAAAUAUCACCUCUUUCUGCCUUGGCAAUAACUAAAGAUAGGCUACAGAACUUGUGGCUCAAUCCAGCCAAAGUGAAGCAUUGUCCUAGUGGUUUCAAUGAGAGAAAUGUACAACACGAUUAAGUUUACUCAGAAGACGCAACUUACUCCCAAGUAAAUAUGUGUGCAGUUGCAGCUUUAAGCCUGCUGAAAACUGUGGCAGGGAUGGGGGAGGAAUCUUUGGCCCUCCAGAUGUUUCAGGCUCCAGUUCCCAUUAGCCCCAGCCAGCAUGGCCAGCAGUCAGGGAUGAUGGGAUCUGUAGUCCAUUAACACGUGGAAGGCCAUUGAUUUCCCAUCUCUCAUCUGUGAAAGUUAAAAGUGUUCCGCUCUGGCUGGAUUAUGCUGCAGAAGAUCAUCAGUUAUGAGUUGUGAAAUUUAGCAUUUAAUAAAUUUUAAAGUAUGUGUGCUUCUGUAAACAGUUACUGCAUUUCUUUUGUAAACAUUGUAUAUUCAAAUAAAAGUGAUGUAUACCACCAAGGAAA